GCGGCUGACGGUUGCCAUGGCAGAGUGACGCCGAGGCGGGACAGGAAGUGACGCAAGACUACUUCCGCUUCCGCACCCGCAGCGCUUCCGGAUGGGAAGAAAGGUGGCGGCACUGUGAGAGUUUCCCUACAGGAACAGAAUGGAAGGAGGAUCGAACAGACUGGAAAUUCACACCCCAGUGUUUGACAAGAAGAAGAAAAAAUACUCUGUAUGUAAGGAAGGACAUCUCAGGAGGUCCCCUGAAGGCUUUGGAGACUCCCCUCUGACAAGCAAACAGCGUCGCGCAGCCAAGAGCAAAAAGAGAAAGGCUUUCCAGCAUUUUCCUUCUUCCCCUUUGCAAAACUCAGAAACUUGUGACGAGGCUGAAAAGGCCACGUCUGUACCCAAAAAGCAUAAAAAGAGAAGGCAGAGGGCUUUGGGGGUCGAUGAGGAAACAGGCGUGGCGUACGUGCUGGUGGAUAAAGAAAACAUCGAGAACACGCCAAAGAACUUCAGGAGGGACGUCGAUGUGGUGUAUGUGGACACAAACAAGGGACAAGAGCUGGAAGCAGACGAACCGCAGUCAGUUCCUAAGUCGCAUGGAAAUGAAUCCAAAGAACCGCCUCGUAAAGUUAGGGAGAAAAAGAGUAGAAAACAUCGGAAGACAAUGGCACUCGGUGACGGUGUGCAGGGAAGCCCGUGUGCCAGCCUUGCUCUGCCCGAGGCGGAAGCACACGAGCCAGAAGCCCCGCUCUGUGUGCACCCAGAGGGCAAAAUCGCACAGCUGCUGACAUCCGCUGAUAAAAAAAAGUCUAAGAAGAAAAAGAGGAAGAGAAGAAUUUCAGAUAACCAGGGACUCGAGACAUCGCCCGGGCCGGAGGGUGUGGAGAAGGGUGUGGAGAACGCGCACUCUGAAGGAUCUGGAGGGUUCGGUGAGGUCGGGACUGCAGAGGGCAGGCAGGACGCCAGCAGCGUAAAGAAAAGGUCUAAGAAAAGGAAGCGAAGGUCUUCUGUUGAAAGCCCUGUGACUCCUGGUGGUGAGUUUUCAGUGCCCGCCGCCAGCUUGGAGGACACGCGCUUUGAUGCCCUGGAAGAUAGUGGCACCUCAGUUGAAGAAAGUGUGAAACCCAGGCCACAGGAGGAGAAAACCCAGGCCUGGUUGGAAGAGGUGCAGAGGCUAGAACCUGCAAAUGAAGAAGAAGGCAAUCUGGAAUUGGCUAAAGAUUCCGAAACAAGGUGUUUAUCUGAAGAUUCGAGAGACGGGGGUGACUCGGAUGUGGAUUUGGACUCUGCCGUGAAGCAGCUCCAGGAGUUCAUCCCCGACAUCAAGGAAAGGGCCGCCACCACCAUCAAGCGGAUGUACCGGGACGACUUGGACCGGUUCAAGGAAUUUAAAGCCCAGGGUGUCGCGAUUAGAUUUGGCAAGUUUUCCGUAAAGGAAAAUAAGCAGUUAGAGAAAAAUGUGCAAGAAUUUCUAGCCCUGACCGGAAUUGAGAAUGCGGACAAGCUGCUAUACACGGACAGAUACCCAGAGGAGAAAUCCGUGAUCACCGACCUAAAAAGAAAAUACGCCUUUAGAUUGCACAUUGGGAAGGGCAUUGCCCGGCCCUGGAAACUUGUUUACUAUCGAGCAAAGAAGAUGUUUGACGUCAACAAUUACAAAGGCAGGUACAGCAAAGGAGAUACGGAGAAGUUAAAGAUCUACCAAUCCCUGCACGGGAACGACUGGAAGAAGAUUGGCGAUUUGGUGGCUCGAAGUAGCCUCUCCGUUGCGCUCAAGUUCUCCCAGAUCAGCAGCCCAAGAAACCACGGUCCAUGGAGUAAGACGGAAACCCAGAAACUAAUCAAGGCUGUCGAAGAAGUGAUUCUAAAGAAAAUGUCUCCCCACGAGAUAAAAGAGGUGGAUUCUAAACUCCAGGAGAACCCAGAAGGCUGCCUGGCUGUUGUCAGGGAAAAUCUGUACAAGGGCAUAUCUUGGGUCGAAGUAGAAGCCAAAGUAGAAACCAGAAAUUGGAUGCAGUGUAAAAGUAAGUGGACGGAAAUUCUAACGAAGAGAAUGACGAAUGGUCGGGAGGUGUACCGUGGAGUGAACGCCCUGCAGGCCAAAAUCAACCUUAUCGAAAGAUUGUAUGAAAUAAAUGUGGAAGAUGCCAAUGAAAUAGACUGGGAAGAUCUUGCUAGUACCAUCGGUGAUGUGCCGCCAUCCUACGUGCAAAGCAAAUUUUAUAAGCUGAAAGCUACCUGUGUUCCCUUUUGGCAGAAGAAGACUUUUCCAGAGAUCAUAGACUACCUUUACGAGACCAGUCUGCCUCUGCUUAAGGAAAAGUUAGAGAAGAAGAUGGAGAAGAAAGGUGCUGAAAUCCAGACUCCCGCGACGCCCAGGCCCGUCUUCCUGCUCAGAGACAUCUUCUACUGUGACGACAACAGUGAGGGGGAAGAUGGGGAGGGGCAGAGUUAAGGGGAAAGACUCUCCAGCUUUGGCUGCGUUUCCUUGCAUGGGGCAGAGAAGCUAUUUUCAGGAUUGAUGGUUAGUAGAGAAGGGGUCACGGCCACAGGAAGGGGAAGGGAAAGACAAUGAUACCUUGUGUGCUGGAACGUUCGAAAGCGAUUCGCACGUCCAUGCUCUAGCGCGUCGGAGCGUGCAAAGAAAGAGGCGCGUAGGAGUUGAUAUAAUUCUUCUGCACCGUUGAAAAUCAUCACAACGAACGGUUCUUAUAAAACAGUCUCCCGAGUUCCUCUCAUGGCAGCAGAGGGUGGAGGUCCGUCCCGUGAGCGUUUCCUGGUGUGGAUUUCAACGUAUGCACGCUCCGCAAAACGGGGGACGCGACCAGGUUCAGUUCACGUGCCUACCGGUUUGCUUUCUGUCUUCCCAUGGUGGUUCUGUGUUCUCAGCGUACGCGAGUGUUAGGUGAGCACUAACGGGGGUGUGGAUCCGCUGGCCUCCCAGACUGGCUUCGCUUUGCACGCGCCUGCCUUCGUCAGCGGGCUUCCUCUCCCUGAGUGAGUCAAGUGCUCCAGGGUGCGUAUCUGCUCACAAGAUGUGUUCUCAGAGCCACUGAAUUCACCUGGUGUCUGAUUGGAAAAAAACAAGAACAGAAACCCAGCAGACUUUUCCACCGCUUCCAGAAGAUCUGACUCUGUUAGGUUUACGGAGAGAUGCUGUGUGCGUCUAAGGCACAGCUCACGCCUCACGGGAGUUCAAGGAUGCUUUAAGUGUUGGGCUGUUCCGUCCGCCAGGAAAGCAAAACCACUCUAGGCAGUUCAAACAGAGAAGGAUUCAACCUAGGGACUUAGGUCAGCACGUCGUUAAACAGGAUCGAAGGAGCGAACGGGGGGAAGGCGGGAUUCCCGAGCAGCGGGUAACUGCGGAGAGGCGGCUGCAGCCCCGCGGGCCCCCAGCGGGCCCCGUCCCCGUCCCGCUCCUGCAGCUCCGGGUUGUCUCUUGCCGCUGCCCCAGCGGGACCCUUGUCUCCUGGGAACAGGGCGGCUGCUGCCUGGCUCCGGCCUGCUGGCCUCUCCCGAGUGCCCCCCCACCCCGCCCCCAGGGCAGCCCCUCUCCCGACCCUGCCUCCAGGCUUCCAGCCACGCCCAUGCCAGGGAGGACAUAGGAAAGCGUGGGUGAACAGCGUCCGUGUGGUGACAUCGUCUGUGCCGAGCCGGAACCGCACUGUCUCCAGAGCGUCCCCUCCCAUGUCCUCUAUGUGACGUCACAAGUGUGCUGUCGGUUAAUUCAUCCACAAAGCUAGACGUUUCCCACCACCGCCGGACUUGGAGAAGGAAGAAUACAGGGACUAGCGUGGGAGUCCAGUCACCAGCAUAUCCCCAGCACCUUUCCCAGCGUGGUGCAUAAGGGACACUCGUAAAUGUGCAGCAAACGCAUGACUAGUCCCCUUGAGCAACCCAUUGUCACAGCAUUGUCCCUGUGUCCCCUCCUGCCCGGCAGACAUGCCCAUCUCCACGCUGACGGGAAUACACGGUCCUUCCAGAGAACAGGUGGAAAGACCUCAGAGCCUUAAGAAUGUAUGUGAUGUAAGAUGCAGCCAUUUCACUUCUAGAAAUCAGAGGACUGGUGCCUCGCAAUGGCAUCUUUGUAAUUUGAAAAACAAAAAAAUGUAAAUGUUCCUUGAUGGGAACUUGUUACUGCAUAUUCCUAGAAUGGGAUAGUAUCCAGUAAUUUGAAAUGAACAUGAUCGAUUGGGUUACCGUAAAAAGAGGUAAAGAGAAUUAAAACAUUUCAGAAGAGUAUAUAUUUUCAGUUUUGUAAAAGUGAAAAAAAAAAUUGUGUGUACAUGGAUGCAUUAAAACAUGGGAGAAAUCAAACCCCAAGUUUUGUGAGCAGUUUUCUUGGGACAGUGGGACUGUGGAUUUACAGGUUGGAACUCUCAAUUUGCAAGUGCUAGAAAGUGGACCGGGUAAAUCUACGGAUUCCGGGAGCCCUCAAGCCCGAAAGAAAGGCCAGAGGCGACCAUUCGACUCAAGAACUGGUCUGGCCACUCGGAGUCCCCAGAGAUGGGGUUUCCUACGGAGUCUCUGCUCUCCCCCCACCAGCGCCUACUUCUCUUCGGUGCACACACGGCGGCCCCUUCACCUCCCACCCGUGCCCGCAGACGUGAUCCUCAUCCAGAGAAAGGAAAACAGACCUCUUCCUAUUGCUCUUAAGUCCUAGGCUUUGUUCCUGGUGCCUGAGUUAGAGCUUGGGCCCGACUCUUGACACAUUGCCGGAACCGAGGAGGUAGGAUGGUAUUCAGUGCAAGCUCCCCUCUGGAGCUAGGGUUUAGCCGUGUGUGCCCUGAGUGGCUGAGAGGUAGGUAUCCCAGUGCAAAGAAUCAGUGUCCUGUGAGCAAAGAGGGAAAACAGACUCCGAGGAAGCAGCCCACUACUGUGUGUUCACGGUGACUAAUUGCCUGGGCUAUGGGUUUUACAAUAACCUUUGGUACUUUUUGUACAAUUUCUAUUUAAAAAAAAUUUUUAACAUUUUUUAUUGUUGAGAGACAGAGAA